AUGUCCGCUGCGACGGAGGACAAGCCUUCUGCGACGACCAAAUAUGAGUCGAUCGUUAUCACCCUAGCUCAGAACGAUGCUACCUCUCUCGAAGCGUCGGCCCUCCCCAUCCGACGUAUUUGCUUCUCGCCAUCAAAACCGAAGGUACAGAUCGGAAGGUCGUCGAAGACUGUCAGCAAGGGCCUUUCGCCGUCCGAGAACAAUGCCUAUUUCGACAGUCCCGUCAUGUCUCGAGCACAUGCCGAGUUGACUGCGGACUUGGACAAAGGGAAAAUUCAUCUUAAAGAUCUAGGCUCGUUGCACGGCACCUCCGUCAACAAGACAACACUGUCCGACGAGUCCACCGUUUCUCUAAAAGUCGGCGACUCUGUCUGCUUCGGCAUCCAUGUUGCUCGAGGCCUAGAGGUUUUUAGCCCCGCAACGGUGAUUGUUGAGUCUAUUUUCCACAUGGUGUCGUCCAACGUGCCUAAGACUGCACAGCCGAAAACGUAUCGGGCACCAGAACCCACUGAUGAGUUAUCUGAUGGAGGCAGCGAGUGCGAUUGUUCAGGUAGCGACUAUCAUUCAAACCUCGAAGAUUCUUCUGGCGACAAAGACGACCAGUCGGAUGAUGCAGCGAUGGACAGUGUGCUCCACACAUCGUCAGAAAGUGACGGAGAGAUCGCGGAUGUUGCACUGCCUGUAUCCAAAACUACAAGCGAAGACUCGGCGAAAGUAAUUGAGGCAUCGCUGGUGGAGGCGAGCCUUUUUGACGAAACAGUUGACCAGUCACCUGACGACUUGUUGAGCUAUGGCGAAGCUGGGAGUGUUUCUGGGAGUAGUGACGCGGACGCAAUCGAGCUCGACUACAAUGAAGAUGAACAUGUCGACCUGGCAGGCAAUGACAAUUCUGAUGAUGACAGCUUUAUGACGGACAGCGAAGAAGACGAAGAAAAAGACGACGACUUUGAUGGCAGCAGCCAGGAUGGCUUGGACGGCGACGAUGCUAUGGACGUUGACGAUGCCGAUGACAUGAACGACGACGGCAGUGACUUCUUGAGCUCCGAGAUCUCUCUGCUUGAUUCCCCAGCGACCAGACCUACCACCUGGGUCCCAGAAACUACUCCUGCCGAUGGCUUAUGGACACCGCCGUCUGCCUCGAUUGCAAGCCCGUCUGAUAGGAAGGAAACUUCGAAGAAUAUUGCCCACGACGCGGCAGACGAUCGGAUGGAGGAUGGCGAGGCCGCCGCCGAUAACAACACCGAUGACAAUCAUGUUGUUUCCUGUAACGAUGCGCUACUCAACGUGGCGAAGAAGUGUAACAUCUCUUCUAUUCUCAAUCCAUCCCCGCCGCCAUCGUCGCCUGUCAGGGAAGCGUCUGGAAAGGCCGUGGCGACUGAAGUUGCCCCUAUGGAGCCAGUCGAGGAAAGUCUGACUUCGGCUUACCUCGAGGCUCUCUACCACGUCAGUUACGUAGCAGGUGGCAGCAACCAAAAGAUGGACACGGACAUUGUUUUGGCAACGCGCUCAUCCCCCAACAAUCUCCACGCCUCGCCCGAUGCUCCGGUAUCUGCAAACAUCACGUCUUCUGAUUUCUCAAAGCCCGUUGCCACUACUGCACUUCUCGAGUCUGGCAAAGCGUUCCUAUGCUCCUACCCGAACGAGCCCGCAAGCUUUAUUGACGUCGUCGACGUCGUCGAAGAUGAGAAUGGCGACGCCAUGUUGAGUGCGGCUGUCUUCAAUGCUCUUAAAAAGAAAAUGGAGGCAACCAACAAGAAGCGCAAGGUGGACGAGAUGUUGGCAGUACCUGAAGAUGUGCCUGUGGCUAUGGAUAGUGCACUGACUGGAUCUUCUUCGGACAGUUUGGGCAACGGAACUCACGGCGACAGUGGGUCGGCUAUUCAGUCGCCUCCUAAACGCCAGGCCACAGAAGCUGCUGUGCAGUCCAACAGAAAAUUGAAGGGGACAAUGUGGGCAGUUGCUGAGAAAAUUGGUAUUGCUGCUCUGGGUGGUGCUGUAGUUCUGGGGUCUCUGAUUUACACUGCCCCCUCUCUUUGA